CUCCGACCACAGCAAGUUCACACAGUUCACAGUUACUACUGAUGUGUUGGAACAAAGUGAGUAUUGCAAUAAGGAAUAGUGAGAUCCUUCUGCCUGCGAUAUAUUGUAUUGGCACGUACGAAUCCCCUCAGACCACGAUGGGAUUUCUGAAGUCAUAAUUCAACUGAGAAACAUCUUUCAUGUUUUCUCAGUGGGCAUCUUUCAUUUUUCCUUAACAGAUUGAAGACAUCAGAAUCAAAUCCUAAAAAGUAUCAAAAGCAUUAAAAGUAUUAAAACUUAAUGAUCAUAUGCCGAAAACAGAAAAAUUUAAUGCUUACCCCAGCCUGCACCAAUGCAAAGUAAAAACUAUAAAAAGGACAAAAUUACUCAAUCCUUUGAUCAGACCCAUCCCCGUACUCCCUAGUUAAUUGACUUCAUCAACAACAAAAAGGCUCUUUAUUUCAACGUUUGGCUGAAGCAGAGAUCCCCGGCCAAACUCCGGCCAUGUUCACCGCCAAUCCUUCGGCUCCGGCCGAGAUUCUUCAACAAACCUCCGCCUUCCUCUCCGAAAUACUCUCCCAAUCAGACCUCCGCCACCGUCUCUUCUCCACCUUCCUCCUUAAACUCCCAUCAUCAGAUGAAACCACGCUAAAUGCAGCACCUCCCCUUUUCGGAUCCUAUUCCGGCGGUAUUGAAGCUACCACGCGCAACCUCCCCCAUCAAAUUGAAAGCAGCUCCGGCCCCUUUUAGAGUAUGAUUCCAUCUCUUCAAUUGGACGAUUCCAACUUCUCUCUUUUUCCUUUUCGGUUGCACUGACGCUGGUUAUUGUUGCUGGUGUAGAAGCCUAAUGGGCCUAAGCAGCCAAGGCCACGAAAGUCAGUUUCUUCUAAGGUUAUAUUUGUUUUUUUAAUCGCUAUUUUUUGUUUAGCUUUGGUGUUUAAUCUCUACUAUUUUCAGUUCUAGUGUUUAAUCUCUUCAGAAUGGAUUUAAUCAUUGGCCAAUGUUUAGACCUGAGGCGCCAUUAUAUGUAGAUUUAAUUUGAAAGCUUAUAUUUUUACAUUCAGUUCUCUUUCUAUUUCCUUUGUUUUGAAUUUGUGUUUGAACAAGUGGGCGCCUCUCUUGAGCCUACCCUCCUAAUGAAGGUCGGCAACUGAAUUCAUAGGCAGUACUCUUGGACGGUAUAGGAUUCGGCGGAAGUUGCUGCUUUGGUUGCAGUAAACAAGACUGGUGAUGAACAGCCUUGCAGCUGAACUCACUGGUCUGCUCUUCUUCUUGCGUAUCAAAUAUUUUUUUUUCCGUGUCCAUUGUUCGUUUGAUUAUCUUUUCUUAAAUCUCAACUUCUUUUGGCAUAGAUUUUGUUUAGGUUUGGUUCAAUUUCCUUUGUUCUCUUUUUUGGUUCUGUUUUAUAAAGGGGAACUUUCCUGAUUCAUUUUCUUUUCAAAUCAGGUUAAUCAGUGGGUUCUGUGUUACUUUACUCUGUUGUGCGAACUGAAAUGAUAUAGUCUGAAUCCAUUUUAAUGAUCUAAUUUACUGCUUCGUCAUUGUAGUUUGCUGGCGUUUUGAAAUGUUUAGCUAAAUUCGUAUUAUAGUCUUGAUAGAAUCAAUAGAGUCACCUCCAUUGGAAUUCUGGCAAACUUUUUCAAAGCCUCUUUUUAACUUUUUAGGCGUUUGAAAGAAGCUUGAACCUUUAACAUGUGGUGUAUCCCUUACAUAGUGGACACUGGAGGGAAGGAUAUCAAGCCAUCUAUCUAUCUUAGCAUAUUUCCAUAGAGUAUAAAAUUAAUAGUAAAAUGUCCUGCCCAUUUUACUGCUGAUAUCAGCCUGCUUAGUGAUGAAUGUGUAUAUGUAGUCUUGAAGUGUCUGCAAUGAAGUUUUUCUAGGGUAGUUCUAUGCUAUUGUGACAAUCUUCUGUAUAUGUUUAUGGUUUUGCAAUUCCAUGUCUUCUCUAAGGGAAAAUUGCGGCAGGAAGCUUGCAAAGGCAGAAGUUAACUAGAAAUAUAAUGCCAGUGAAAUCUCGAGACUUGGACUGCCGUCAUACCAAUGGUGGUCUGAAUCACUUCAUGGGAUCGCCACCAACGGGCCCGGAAUCAAUUUUAACGGCACCGUCAAAUCUGCCACUGCAUUCCCACAAGUUAUUGUCACUGCUGCGUCGUUUAACCGGACUCUCUGGCGGGAAGUUGCCGAGGCUAUCGCCGUCGAGGCUCGGGCUAUGUACAAUCUUGGACAAGCUGGCCUGACGUUUUGGGCGCCGAAUAUUAAUGUUUUCAGGGAUCCCAGAUGGGGAAGAGGCCAAGAAACUCCAGGGGAGGAUCCUAUGGUGACCUCUGCUUAUGCAUUUGAGUAUGUGAGAGGGUUCCAGGGUCAGACCCGUGGGGUUACCCGGAGAGGAAAUGAUGAUCAGUUGUUUGAUAAUAGGCGCUCUUUGGAAGAAGAUGAGGACGAUGAUGAAAUGAGUGGUGGGUUGAUGCUGUCUGCUUGUUGUAAGCAUUACACAGCUUAUGAUUUGGAUAAAUGGGGUGGACAUACUCGAUUGGAUUUCAAUGCUUUGGUUACCAAGCAGGAUAUGGAGGAAACUUAUCAGCCACCCUUCCAAACUUGUAUUCAAAAGGCUAAAGCCACCUGCUUGAUGUGUUCAUACAAUCGGGUAAACGGAAUACCGUCAUGUGCCAAUCGUGAUUUGUUGCAGAAAGUCCGAAAUGGUUGGGGGUUCAAGGGGUAUAUCACGUCUGACUGUGAUGCUGUGGCUAACAUCUAUGAAAACCACAAUUUCUCUAAAACUCCAGAAGAUGCAGUGGCUGUUGCUUUGAAAGCUGGUACGGAUAUCAACUGUGGAACCUAUAUGAAACGUUACAUGAGAUCUGCGAUUAAUCAGGGGAAGGCUACUGAAAAGGACAUAGAUCAAGCUCUUUUUAAUUUGUUUUCGGUUUUGAUCCGGGUAGGACUAUUUGAUGGAAACCCUGCGAAUAGUCAGUUCGCAAAUUUGGGAUAUAGGGAUGUCUGUUCAUCGCACCACAGGGAACUUGCACUUGAGGCUGCAAGACAGGGAAUGGUACUUCUGAAAAACAAUCAUAAGUUCCUGCCUUGGAAUAAGAAUAAGGUUUCUUCGCUAGCAGUGAUCGGUCCACUGGCAAACACAAGCAACAUUAAUGGGGACUAUACAGGUUACUCGUGCAACCCAGUGACAAUUCUUCAAGGUAUGCAGAAAUAUGUGAAGAAAACAUUCUAUGCAUCAGGCUGCCAAGAUGUUUCCUGCAAUUCAAGCGAGGGCAUUCAGGAAGCUGUUUCUAUUGCUAGAGAAGCUCAGUAUGUCAUACUUGUGGUUGGGUUGGACUUGUCUCAAGAAACUGAAGAACUUGAUAGGUACAGUCUCCUCUUACCUGGUAAUCAAACGGCUCUAAUCAAAUCUGUGGCAGCGGCAAUCAGGAAACCACUGGUUUUAGUACUUACUGGUGGAGGGCCCAUUGAUGUAUCCUUUGCCAAGGAAGAUUCCCAGAUAGCUGGCAUAAUUUGGAUUGGGUAUCCAGGAGAGACUGGUGGCGAAGCACUUGCAGAAAUUCUCUUUGGAGACUGUAAUCCAGGAGGAAGAUUACCAGUGACAUGGUAUCCUGAAUCGUUCACCAGUGUGCUGAUGAGCGAUAUGAACAUGAGAGCAGACCCUUCUCGUGGUUAUCCGGGAAGAACAUACAAGUUUUACACCGGAGAGAGUGUGUACAAGUUUGGACACGGACUAAGCUAUUCAAAUUUCUCUUACAAGAUCAUAUCUGCACCAACAAACUUGAGUUUAUCAGGGAACGUUAAAGCCGAAUCACAGAGACAUAUGCUUCUCCAAAGAGGCAGUGCAAUCAGUUAUGUGUAUAUUGAGGAUGUUGCAUCUUGUGAUUCACUGAGAUUCAAUGUUGAGAUCUGGGUGACGAAUAACGGGGAGUUAGAUGGCAGCCAAUCUGUAUUGAUGUUCUCUCAAGCGCCGUACUCUUAUAAAGGUGCUCCACAGAAACAAGUCAUCGGUUUUGAUCGCGUCCAUGCUCGUGCCAACAGAUCAGCUGAAUCAAGCAUACUGAUAGAUCCUUGUGAACAUCUAAGUAUUGUUAAUGAGCAGGGAAUGAAAAUAUUGCCUCUUGGUGAUCACACCCUAUUGUUGGAAGACAUAAAACAUACCCUAUCUAUACAACUAUGA